GCAUGUCCUCUCCUUCAAUGACAUACCUCAGCAGCAGUAUAGGGGCAACUCGAACGCGAUUCCUCGAGGUGGCAUGCGCGUUGUGGUCGUGAACAACAGAGGCAACAGGCGGGGACAGCAGAGGGUCCCGCAGCCAACUGUGCGUGUUCAUCCCCCUCUUGGACUAGAACUGACACAGAGGCAGAGGAUGCAGCAACAGGUGCAACAGCAGCGUCAGCGAGUACAGCAGGUCAAGCCUUGAGUUUGUUGCCUGGCUUGCAUUCUUAGUCGCGUGUAGGGGCGCAAUAAUGUGAUCAACCAACGUAGAGGAUUCCAGCAGCAGCAGCAGCAGCAGCAGCAGCAGCAGGUGGUUGUCGGUCCUGAUCCUUGUGUUCCUGUUCCCUAACCUUGAGUCGCGGCGGAUAGAACUACAGGAACAACCAGGGAUACAACCGCGGUUACAACAGAGGAGGAGGACGUGGAAGAGGGUAAACAGCCUUCCGAGCUAUUUUGGUUUCUGACUCUUAAUCAGUCGAGGCGGAGGAGGAGGAGGGCGCGGUGGAGGGCGCGGUCGCGGUGGGGGUGGGGGUGGAGGCGUUGUUCGCGUCGUUCGGAGAUAAGAGACAGUCAAUCUGGUAUUGAGAUGAGAGUCUCGUAGUUUUUGGUUUGUUAGAUAGUCCAAACUCUUCAGUGGCGAGUGUUUGACUUGCAAAGUAACGCGAUGUUGCCGAUCAUAUUCUGGUAUUGUGUUGUGCUCGUGGUAAAGGACUUUACAUUUGU